GCUUCCGUCGAUCCACUUGAGCAAGACGAGACGAGGCGACCUACCGUAGCGACUCCACAAGCGUCGCUGUGUGGCCGGAGUCUUUCGCCGGCCUACGGCUAGCCGCCCACUCCACACCUCGUGGCCAAUCGAUCCACCCAUCAGCCGCGCACCGCCAUGCCACCGCGGCCUCACGUAGUACCACGGACGACGCCCCGUCAUCUGAUCGCGACGCCGAUCGCAUGACGGCACUGCGCUCGUCGCACGCACGCUCCUUCACGGGCAAGCCAAGCCAGCCCCAGAUCGACGCACCAAGACAAAUCGCCGUGUCGACCCCCCGUCCGAUCACCUUCGCCGCCAAGAAACCGACGAGAGAAGAGGAGAAGAGUUCGAGCUAGCCCGCCGGAGAUGCGAGGGGUGGACGGGGCGGCGGCGGCGGCGGGGGUGUGGGGCGGGCUCAACUCCGGGGUGGUGCUCAGCAUCAUCGCGGUGCUGUGGACGGUGGUGUGGCAGAACCUGCAGCACCUGCAGCUGCAGCACUUCGUCAAGCGCAACCUCGGCCGCCACGCGCGCCGCCUCGCCGCGCUCGUCGACCCCUACCUCUCCGUCACCAUCGCCGAGUACGACGGCGGGAGGAUGCGCCGCGCCGAGGCCUUCGAGGAGGUCAAGGCCUACCUCGCCGCGGCCACCUCGCGCAGCGCGCGCCACCUCCGCGCCGAGGGAGCCCCGGACGCCGACCGCCUCGUGCUCAGCAUGGUCGACGGCGAGGAGGUCCCCGACCAGCUGUUGCCCGAGGAGGGCGGCGGCGCGGUCUUCUGGUGGGCCUCCUCACGCCCGGCGCCGCCGCAGGACCGGCGCUGGGGCGGCGGCUGGGGAGGCGGGGACGAGGAGAACCGCCGCUUCUACCGCCUCUCCUUCCUCGACCGCCACCGCGAGCAGGUCCUCAACGCCUACCUCCCGCGCGUCCGCCGCCAGGGCCGCGCCGUCAUGGUCCAGAACCGCCGCCGCAAGCUCUUCACCAACAUCUCCUCCCACCAGUUCGGCGACGGCGGCUACGCCCGCUCCGCCUGGACGCACGUGCCGUUCCAGCACCCCAAGACGUUCGCCACGCUCGCCAUGGACCCGGCCAGCAAGAAGGAGGUCAUCGACGACCUCGACGCCUUCAAGGCCGGCAAGGAGUGGUACGAGCGCGUCGGCAAGGCGUGGAAGCGCGGCUACCUGCUACACGGCCCUCCCGGGACGGGCAAGUCGGCCAUGAUCGCCGCCAUGGCGAACCACCUCGACUACGACGUGUACGACAUCGAGCUCACCUCCGUGCACUCCAACACGGACCUCCGCAAGCUCUUCAUCGGCACCACCAGCAAGUCCAUCAUCGUCAUCGAGGACAUCGACUGCUCCCUCGACCUCACCGGCGCGCGCGAAAAGAAGAAGGACGCCGCCCCCGAGGAGGUCGACAAGGCCAGCAAGGGCGACAAGAAGGGCGCGGCGGACGCGAGCAGCAAGGUGACGCUGUCGGGCCUGCUCAACUUCAUCGACGGGCUGUGGUCGGCGUGCGGCGGCGAGCGGGUGAUCGUGUUCACCACCAACCACCUGGAGAAGCUGGACCCGGCGCUCAUCCGGAGGGGCCGCAUGGACAAGCACAUCGAGAUGUCCUACUGCCGCGGGCCGGCGUUCGAGUUCCUCGCCAAGGCCUACCUGGGCGUGGACGAGCACGAGCUGUUCGGCGCCGUGGGCGCGCUGCUGCGGGAGGUGGACAUGACGCCGGCGGACGUGGCCGAGAACCUGACGCCCAAGAGCGCGGAGGACGACGCGGGGUCGUGCCUCAGGGGGCUGGUGGCGGCGCUGGAGAAGGCCAGGGACGACAAGGCCAGCGGCGGCGGCGGCGGCAAGGAGGAGAAGCGGCCGGAGGAAGAAGACGGGGGAGCGGUUGCCGCCGUUGACAAGGAGUGAUGGAUCGGGCGAGUGAGUCAGAGUAGCUCAGGAUGAGAAUAUCAUGAUGUCAGGCACAUUAUUGGAGAUGACGUUUAUUUCUACUAGCAAGUAAUGAUGACGCUUAGAAUAAUCAGACCGAGAUUUGGAUGUUGGCGGGAAUGGAAAGGCUGGCGGCCACGUCUUCUAUA